GUGUUUCUGGCUGAUGUCACUUUCCACGAUCACGUGACCUGCAGUGAGUCACGUGAUCGGCGCUCCAUUCUCGCCAUUUUGAGUCCAGAGUGAAGCACUUUUACACCCCAGGAAUAAAAGCAAGCGCAUCACGGGCACCGAGGCCAAAGAGCAGACACAAUUGCCGCAUCAGAAUGGAGGACAGCAGUGGUGUUGCUGUCCUAGUGCCUCACUCUAGAGGCCAGCAGGAUACAGUCUUCAUUCCCGACAGACGUCUUCAUAGUGGCGAGGACCAGCAACGGCAGCAGCAAAAGCAGGCUGCGGACUCUCUUAUUCAGGUCAUUGAGAAGCUCAGCAAGAUUGUGGAGAAGAGGCCCAGAAGGUGCACCGUCUCUGGGAAAAAGAGACCCAUGACAACCUGUGCAUCUGUACCAGUUCCAGACAGCAGGAACUGCACUGAAGGGGCCACACCUUGUAAGAGACUUAGAGAACAAAGGGAAAAGCACCCAGUACCCAGCAGCACGCAAUUGUUCGAACGGGAGCCUUCGAGUCAAGGCACUCGGACAGUUACGUGUUACCAGUGCAGUAUGUGUAGAUUUAUCUCACCUACAUUGGAGCUGUUGAAAGAGCAUCUGCUGCAGCAUGAUGAGCAGCACAGUGACCUCAUCCUAAUGUGCUCAGAAUGCCAGUUCACUUCGAACCAUCAAGAGGAGCUGGUGGCACAUGUGAGACUCCACCUGGAGGAGGGCGACCAUGCUAGACGCAUCCUAGAUGAGCAAGGCACAGCUUUGGCAAGGAGCAUUCACCAAGGGAUGGCAGUUUUAAAGGCAGGCAACUUGGAAUCAGAGAACACGUCUACGCCGAAGAAGUGGUACAGCUUUGAGCAGAGUAGGUACCGUUGUCUUAUCUGCAACUAUGAAUGCAGACAGCAGCGCAAUUUGAAGACCCAUGCAUGGAAACACGCUGGCCUGGUUGACUGCUCAUACCCAAUAUUUGAAGAUGAGACAGACUGCCCUGAAAUUUUACAAAGCUCCAGUCCACCUUCAGCUUCAGCAGGUAAAGAGGAUACCAUUGUAGUUCUCGCAGCAGUUGGAGGAAAACCUCAGACGAUGCAUGGCGCCUCCAGCCUCCAGCUAGAGCUGUGUAACUCACCAGAAGUGAAGGGUCAUGGGGAGACGGCAGCUUUGAAAACAGUGGAGAGCAAAAUGCCUGUGAUUAGCCACAUCUUUUCUAUUAAAGACCCAGAGGAGCCCUUAGUGGAGGUCCAGGUGACACCAGAGGCACAAAUGGAGCUGGAGUUGGAAACUGAGAGUCAACAGGCAAGCUCCGACAGCCUCCUGUCCUCUGCGCAGAAGAUUAUCAACUGCAGCGGCAACAGUGCCGGCCAUGUCAAUGUCAUUGUGGAACGCCUUCCCUGUGCCGAGGAACCGGUGUCAAGCAAACCUCUGCUCCUCAGCCCAGAAGUAGGAGGAGACAAAACCCUUCUUGCCUCUGAGGAGCCAGAGUUAGAGAGCCAGCACCACCCCGUAUACUACAAACAAAAGGAGGAGGUUGUGAUCGGCUGGAAUGGAGACGAUCAACAAGAGGAGGAGGAGGCGGUGUCUUCGGGAUCUCCCUCAGAUGAAAACGUGCCACCAGUUCGGAGAAGAACUUACUCAGAGUCCCUUCGGCUGCAUUCUUUGGCAGCCGAGGUACUGGUGGCCAUGCCCAUGAGAGCCCCGGAGCUUAGCAAAACCACUGCGAAAGGUAUCCAUGACCUGAGUACGCAAAUCCCUGACACAGGCCAGAAAAUGAUAGAGAUUUCUGACGCUGCCAACCCUAAGGUGUCCUCAGGAGAGUUCACCGGUGCCAUUGGAGAGCCAGCUGAUCUAGUUAACCUCGGACUCCAGAGUUCAAAAGAUUCUCGAGAUGUGCUGGUCGAGGGACCCUCCAAAGCUGGCAUCAGCAUGUCCCUUUUGACUGUCAUCGAGCGACUGCAAGAGCGUUCUGACCAAAACACUUCAGAUGAGGACAUUCUGAAGGAGUUGCAGGACAACGCCCAAAGCCAACAUGCUGGUGGGGUUCCAGGGAGUGUUGCUGUGCCUGCUGAAGUUUCCUCCACAGACGGUCUGGUGGAAUAUAUAGGCGGGAGCGAGAGGCCCUACCGCUGUCGGCUGUGCCUGUACAGCAGCGGAAACAAGGGCUACAUCAAGCAACACCUACGUGUGCAUAGACAGAGAGAGCCCUACCAAUGCCCCAUCUGUGAACUUAUAGCCUGUGACAGCAAGGACCUGGAGCGUCACAUGAUCCACCACUUCAAGCCCCGCAUGUACAGCUGCAAACAGUGCACAGAGAGGUUCUACUACAAGAGUCAGCUGAGGAACCACGAGAGAGAUGGGCAUGGUAUAGAUGACAUCAGCAACACACUGACCAAUGCCGCUGAAAGCACAGCAAUCGUUGAAGAGUCAACCAGGAUGACAGAUGAGCAUUCGGUCGGUGAGCAGAGUGUUUUCAAAUGCGAUGUGUGCGACUACACCAGCUCCACGUAUGUUGGGGUGCGCAACCAUCGGCGAAUCCACAACUCUGAUAAACCAUACAGGUGCUGCAGCUGUGAUUUUGCCACAACUAAUAUGAAUAGCCUGAAGAGCCACAUGAAGAGACAUCCACAGGAACACCAAGCCAUGCAGCUGCUGGAGCAGUACAGGUGCUCGCUGUGUGGUUAUGUGUGCAGCCACCCUCCAUCUCUCAAAUCCCACAUGUGGAAACAUGCUGGAGAUCAGAAUUACAACUAUGAGCAAGUCAACAAGGCCAUCAAUGAAGCCAUUUCUCAGAGUAGCCGAUCUCCUACGACGCCUCUGAAGUCAACACAUGAGACUGGGAUGGAGCGUCCAUAUAUUGUCUUGACAAGAAAAGACAAACAGUCAUCUGAGGUGGCUUCUGCUUCAGGUGAACAAGAAGGCAACCCCAUUAGGCCAUCAUCCACCAGAGAACAGGCCGGCGGGGCUGUAGCGUGGCGGAGCGGUUCGGGGCAGACGCGAGCAGGUAUGGAAUACUGUGUGCUGCUCUUUUGCUGCUGUAUCUGUGGCUUUGAGUCCACCAGUAAAGAGCAGCUGAUGGAGCACAUGAAGCAGCAUGAGGGAGAUCUGAUCAGCAUCAUACUGAGCAAGGAGCAGCAGGGAAUUCAGCCCACAGAGACCAGCAGCAGCCAGUGAAACGCACGCAUUCAUACAUGCUGUUCUUGCAUCAUUUCUGCUUGGAUAAUCAACAUGAACAAUUUCAAAACCUUUUGUUUUCUAUCAGUCUACCUUUUGUAUUGAUGUCACAGUUAGAUUCCGUUACUGUUAUUGACCAUGAACGUGUGAUUUCAGCGAAGUGCAGUCAAAUAGGUAACAAAUGAAAUGCAAUUUAGUUCAGCAGAAGAAAGAGUAACUUUUGUUGUGAAUUAUGCAAAUGAUGAAUUUCAAAAGCAUUGUAUACCUCAUCUGUUCAGAACAUACAUCAUAGAGUCCACAUAUUAUAAAAAAGGGGCAGCUUUUCUUGUUCACUGUAAUAUUAUUUAUAUCUAUAUUUCUUAUGUGCGUUUACCUUUAAGGAGGCACUUGCUGUGCCAUAUUUGAGGUGUAGAGAGACAGAUUUCUUUCUUGCUGUCUGUGUGUCAGUGUUUGCAUUGAUAUUUAUCAAACUAAUUUAUUUUAUAUGCAUGUUCCCCUCCGUUAUGUUCAUACAAAUUAGAAAAUUUGUUUCUAGUUAUCGUCUCAUUUUUUGGUGCUAUUGGUCUUGCGCUCAGAAAUGAGCGAAAGAAGUCAUCAUUGGGAAUGUAUCUUAAAUUUGUAUAUAAACAUUAUAUAAUGAAUUUAAAUGUUCUCAUUGAAACAGCACAAAUGUAAAAUUGGCCCCAUUUAAUUAACUAUUAACUGAAACAUGCAGCAGGAAAAACUACAAAUAGAUAUAUGUAUAUAAUAUUAUUAUUAUUAUUAUUAUUAUUACACAUAUUAAAAUCCAUAUUAAGCUAUUACAAAUUUAAAAUGCCAAAACUUGAAGACGUGUCUCACUUUUAAAUAUCCUUCCAUUUUUUUUAUGAGUAGGUUUUUUUUGUUUUUGUUUUCUGCUGCUGUGAUGGUAAAAAAAAAAAGAAAAAAAAGAAAAAGAAAAAAGCUACAAUUUAUAACUUGGUCAUGGGUUUAAAAUGAGAUUUAUCCAGAAAAAAAGUAGUAGUAGGUUAUUGGGUUGUCACAAUAGCAGCGAUAGUAUCACGAUACCAAGUAUCUAUUAUAGUGUGGAUCCGUCAUUAUUGCAGGGGCUGUUCUGUUGUGUUAAUUAUUUACAUUUCACACAAAAAAAGGUUGUUUAUAUUGUUUAUUAUUCUUAUUAAUACUGUAAUAUAAUUAUAGUAUUAUAUAGUUUUGAAUUUUGAAUUUUUUCAUUUUCAUGCAGCAUUACAGUGCAGUUUUCACAGAAACUCAUAAAGCCAAAGCUUAAAUUUUGAAGUUUACUUUAAAAUUAUAUCAUCAGUUAUGAAUAUGAGAAUUACAAAUGAGCCCGAAAACUCUACGUUCAUACUGUGACCAGCAUCACAUUCAAGUGUGAAGUGGUUACGGUCCUGAACUGACCUGCAUGCGCAAAAGUACAAUAACAAAGAAGCAUUUACGCGUUCAUUUAUAAGGUGAUGUUCCACGGAAGCCAGCGAAUUUGUGUGCAAGCGAUAAGGAGGACGCAGAUGAGGAGAAAGACCGCAACUUUUUUCUUAUACAGUUUUUUCCUCAAGUUUUCGACUGUCACCAUAAUUCUUAUGAGUAUAACAGCUCAACGUCUCUCCACUGACUAACUUCACUUCCCUCUUCCAUAUUCACCAAGGACUACCAUUAUGUAAAACAUUUGGAGUCCCAUAAGCACAGAAUUGUGAUGAAUGUUGAUCUAGAGUGACAUAAAAGGCGCAUUAUGUCCAAUGUGGCUGUUCAGACUGAAGUCGCAUUGCAAAACAUCAAACCUGUAUCUGAUUUAGGACCAUAUAUGGAAGUGGACCAAAUCAGAAUCGAAAAGAUCAGAUUCCAUGUGAUUUGUGCUGUUCACAUUGUUAUGAAUGAAACAGAUCCAAGUCACAUAUGAGCAAAACGAAUUUGAGCCAGUUUUGCCUGUGGUUUGAAUGUAGCCUAAAGUCCACCAAACUCAUCACAAGGUGCUCGUGCGGAUUGCUUUCACGUUGUUUUUUUUGGCAUAUUGAUGCUUCAGAAGGACGUUUUUGGCCAUUAAAUAUCUGUGUUUUUGCUUUAUAAUACACUGUCAAAUUAAGAGUAAUUCAUCUUUUAAUUCACGUGUUGAUUCAUUCUGAUGCUCUUCGUCCAGUGUCCUGUGUGAAUGUUACUUUAAGCACUGGAUUACAAUACAUGCCAAUGCAAUGCUGAAAAUGAGCCAUGGGUGCCGCUCCACAACUGAGUUCGGCUUAAGUGCAUCACAGUACUGUUUAUGAUAUACUGGAACGCCGCCGGUAUUUUGAGGCUUGGGCAUCGUGAUACUACCUUAGCACCGGUAUACUAUGCAACCCUAGUAGUUGAGAUUUUGCUUUAUCACUACCUCAGAUGUGCUACUUUUUGUCCCCUGCUCUGUUGACCUUGGCUUUUGAUCUUAAGGUCCCUCAGUCUGAUUUUAUAUGCAGCAUAUUUUCCAAGGAAUGAUUUGCAUACACUUAAUGUUUGUAUGUCAACAGUUUAAAAUGCAAAAUUAGCAUGAUUUAAAGGGCAUCCAUAAUUCAUGCAGGCUCCACACUGCCCAGAGAAAUUAACUCUUAGGAAUUGAAUAAUAGGAAUUUACAUACACGAUUAUUAUGUUCUGAACUUAAUGUACUAAUUUACAAUUCAAACUGCAAGUGUCACAGAAAUAGUAACAUGGUCUGCAUAUAAAUCAUGUUACCAUAUGCAUCAUAAUGAGAAUGGAUAGGAAACAUUUACCAGUAUUGAAACUGCUUUCUCACUUUAAUUCAGUGUUUUGCCACAUAAACAGCUGUUGGGUGUUUGUUGUUUAUGUGCGUAAUGAACACUUGCUUUCCAAGUAAUGAUAUCAAAGAGAGACUGAGCUUCAUAGUAGGGCUGCUCGAUAAUGGCAAAAGUCAUAAUCACGAUUAUUUUGGUCAGUAUUUUAAAUCACGAUUAUUUAACGCUAUUAUUGGUCGGUGAUAUGAUCAAAGUCUUAUUUCAUGAUAUGAAUCAUUUUAAAUGUCAGUGAAAUUUCUCAAUUAUCGAUACUUCAUCAGAAACUAAUACUAGGUUAAUUAUUAUAAGUAAAAAGUCCUCAAAACGGUUACAGAAGUCAAGUAAACAGUCAGCAAUAAAAAUAAGAACAAAGAAACUAAUUACAAACAAAACCGACUUUGGGUUUUUCAGGAGGAUGUAGCCCCAAUAUACUUAAAGCGAAGUUCUUUUUCAUUCUUCGUUUACGGGUAAAACAAAGUUCAAAAUACGUGAGUAGCGAUAUACUGUAAUCAAACAUCUCAGGCCGUCCACACUGCUGAUAGCGACGGUUAGAUGAAUAUGAAAAAAUGUUGCGCGCUUUCCUCUCAGUAACAAAAUAAAUACAACAAAAUUGAGAAAAUAGCAAGGAUUUUUUUUUAAUAAAGCAUAAGAAAAGCAUCUGAUCAUGGCAAGGUGGAUAUGUUUGUUUGCACAAGCUCUAUAAUUCGGCACUCCAGUAAAGUCACGUCGCAUUUAUAUUAUAACACUUUAUAAAAUAGAUUGCUUAAAAUCAAGCAGCUUUAACAUAUUAAACACAAAAAACUAUGUCAGUCUUUCAUCAGAAGUACAACAUCGUUUUCUACUAUGAAGCAGCUCUCCAGUGUUCAUGUUUUCACUCGCAAACGUCUGACUUCUACGGACUCAAGAGGAGAAACGAACUGGAAAAGAUUUUCCAAGUGAAAGAAGGCGGAGCCUUAGCGCACACCUACCUUACAUAAUAGCCACAUACCAAUGGUAGUAUUUCUUUUCCAGAAAGUUCGCUUUGGCAAGCUGUUUCGAACUUCCAAAAUGAGCUCCAAACGAACUUCGCUUCAGCCUGAUUUUGCUUGAAAUGACGUCACAUCAGUUCAUUCUUCGAUUUCGUAUGGAGUAUAUCAGGGCCUUAACAGUGGUAUUCAGAUAAGUAGCCUACAACAGAAAUUAAAUGCUCAAAUGUAAAAUAAGACUCCUGUAUACAUUAAAUAUAGACUAAUUCUUAUUUAAAACAGAAGUUAUUCAUUCAAGAGCAGUGAGUGAUUUUGUCUUUUCUUGUUUGAUUAACAUUAAUCACUGCAACAGUCAUUAAUGUUGGCUGCUGUCACUUUAAGAGCUGCACGGGUCCGGUACUGUUACACACACGUUUAAAACACCCUUUCUCAAAUGUUUUUAAAUGCAUUCACUUAAGACAUAACUGACUGUGUUUAUGAAGAUACUUAUCAAAACGGCAUUUCGACAUAUUUGUGUGUAGUAAGAUAUGUGACCAUUUAGGCGCUUAUCUGAAGCCAACAGUAUACUUCGCUUAUGCGCGUUCCGCCGCAUCUCUGAGCGUGCAUACAGGAGGCCACCUAGGGAUCAGAGUCUCUUUCACGGCCUAAUGCUCUUUUAAUAACACUGUUAAAUAUCGAGCAUGUCCUGCAGUUUAGCAACAGUAGACUGCAUUUUACAUCACUCGCUUAUUUGGCUGAUUUGGAUGUUAAGUUUGGCUUGGGGAGGAACGAAAGUGCUGGAUAGAAUGCGGCAGCAGCACAAUAAUUAUUUUACCUUGAUUAUCUUGUUUUCAUAAUCGCUGGAAACCGAAAUACAAAUGCAAUUAAUCGCACAGCCCUACUUCCUAGAAAGUCCAUGUUGUUUUCCAGCUGCAUUUCAUUUUUUUGUAUCACUCUGCUGACGUAGUCCAGAGUGAUCAUGAACCUGCCAUUUGGUAUUAUCCCUUUUCUUUUCUCUGUCUGUGAGCAGGAAUUGGCAGACACCCUGUACACAUUGUAUUCCAGCAAUCUGCUUUAUUUAGAGUCCUAGCCGUUGUUUUUCACAUUUCUUUCUAGAACAAUAACAAUACAUCUGGAAUGUAUUUUUUCUAAAGAUGCACAAUACGUUUCAAGUAUUCAGCUUCUCUGCAUUAGCAGGGCCUAGUGAGAUAAUUGUGUUGUCUUUCACAAUGAGUCAGAAGAUUUGGUAAUCAUCAUGAGCACAGCCUCUCAGCCACAAGUGUGCCUUCCAUUUCAACAACCUCAUCUUUAACGGAGCUUCAGACGAGUUCAGAAAGAUAUAAUACAUUUUAAGCCAAGUAUAUCGAGUGCUUUGGCAUCUUGGAUUCUGUAUAAUGUGCCCUCAAAAUCGUGUAAUGUAUUCGGUCACAUGGUACUGUAAAACGGUUUUGUAUGUGACUUGCUGUAUAUAUACUGUAGAAAACUGACUUUUUUUUAGAGGAAAUCUAUUUUUUAAAACUUGUAUAAACACUACAGACAGAAAAAGAAUCAAAAGGAAAACAAUUGAAUCAAAAAAAGACCUUUGACUCACCAAAGUGCAUCAAAGGGAACGGUUGGCAUUCGAAACUCCAAACAAGAACAUUGUGUAACAUGCUUCUAUGCCAAAGGAGAGAGGAGGGGGGAAAAAAAGAAAAAAAAAAACUUCUGAAUUUUACAAUCUAAAGGCCUCUCAGUGCUAUUUUCCUUUUCAAGCACCCUUUUCAAGUCUCAAAGGGCCCUGUUUUGAUAGUAGUGUUCCGUUCACAAUUAUUUAUUUGUUCUUUUGAAACUGUAAUGUUAUGUUUUUUGCCAGUGUAUUUUUGGUAAUAAAGAAUGUGAACAACA